UCUCUAGUCAUCUACUUGUAACACAGCAACAAACAGCACACGGGGCAAAGCUGAAUAGGUUCUGUGAGCAGGGAAGAAGAUAGACUGAUAGAUAAAUAGGCAGAAAGCUUGAUUGAAAGAAAGGCACAUGAAACAAGACAAACAGAAUGACAGGCAGAAGACAGAUAAAUAAUAGCUACUGUAUAAAGAUAUACACAGUAGAUCUAUAAAGCAAAGGAAAGAUAGAACAAACUGUAAGAUCCUAAAGCUGAUAUAUUCCAGCAGUAGGGAAAUACAAGCAGUAGAUGAAUGGGAAGGUGCUGGAGAUCAGUAAAACAGUGUUGUGGAUGUAUAUAUUCAUGCUGGAGUAAUAACUUGUGCACAUUAACACCUUUUUGGUACGUAACCAGACUCACAGGAGCUCAGCGCACACUCUGGAUAAUGAUGCUGAAGUGCAAGGACAUGGGAAGGUCUACCUGACAUUUAUGAAUGGCCAGCUGCUAAGGGGUGCCAUUGGUACUAUACUCCCACGAAGAACCUGAACUGGAUUUCUUUUUAAUCCUUCUUUGGAGACAAACUCCACUAAGCCAUUGACAAAAGGGAGAAUCAAUGUGUGCCUCCUGAGUAUUUAACUAGAGACUUGCUCAUGUUUCAUUGAUUCUUCAUUUCUGCCGCUGUUCACUGAUUCCAACCUCACAGCGGGCCACAGGGAUGCUGCUAACUCUGUGGGAAAUGCUGUGUGUGUAGCGACAAAAAACAUCUUGUUACUUUGUUUUACUUUUCUAAGUGGAUUUAUGUCCUGAAAAACUUCCGUCCUAGCAGUGAAUAACUUCAUUUUCUUGGUGCUGGUCACUGUGCAGCAUAUGCUCUGAGCUCACUGUGCUCUAUUCCUUCCAAGAGGAACUUCUUCUGUCUACCAAAAUGAAUGUCACUAAAGAGACAGACUCCACUACUUGCAGCAGUGCUCUAUGGCUCAGCAGUUACUGUGCAAUGGACCCAAACUCAUCUUCUCCAAAUGAGGCCCAGAACCAUUUCCAGCUCCCCACUUUUUCUCCUGCCGCUAAGGCCCGGGUAAUCAUCACUUUUGUCAUAUUUGCCUUGUCGGCCUUCUGUAAUUUGGCAGUGGUGUGGGCCACCACCAAUACCAGCCGCAAGAAGAGGUCUCAUGUUCGCAUCCUCAUACUAAACCUCACUACAGCAGAUCUCCUGGUAACAUUUAUUGUCAUGCCACUGGAUGCCAUUUGGAAUAUUACCGUGCAGUGGCAAGCGGGAGACCUGGCCUGCCGGAUACUUAUGUUUCUAAAGCUCCUCUCUAUGUAUUCUUGUGCUUUUGUCACUGUGGUGAUCAGUGUGGACAGACAGUCUGCCAUUUUAAACCCACUGGGCAUCAGUGAGGCCAAGAAAAAGAACAAGAUCAUGCUGUCCGUGGCCUGGCUGAUGAGCAUUCUCUUAUCAUUGCCACAGCUGUUUCUGUUUCACACAGUCACCAUCACUGAGCCUCAAAAUUUCACCCAAUGUACCACCAGAGGCAGCUUUCAGGAACACUGGCAAGAAACUGUGUACAACAUGGUGAGCUUUGUCUGCCUCUUCCUCCUCCCACUGCUGAUCAUGAUUUCCUGCUACUCAAGGAUCCUGAUAGAGAUCUCCAGGCGAAUGAGCAAGGGAGCAUUAUCUUCAAAGGAAGUUUAUCUUCGGCGUUCUAAGAACAAUAUCCCCAAAGCUCGCAUGAGAACCCUAAAGAUGAGCAUUGUUAUCGUCAGCUCUUUCAUUAUCUGUUGGACACCCUACUAUCUACUGGGCUUAUGGUACUGGUUCUAUCCUGAGGCAAUGGAGGAAAAGGUUUCACAGUCCCUAACCCACAUUCUUUUUAUCUUUGGCCUGGUGAAUGCCUGCUUGGAUCCUAUUACCUAUGGACUAUUCACCAUACAUUUUCGGAAAGGCAUUCGCCGCUAUUGUAGAGGUGGUAGGUCCUCAGACCUUGAUACUAGUUCUUCUGUAACUGGGUCUUUCCACUGUUCAAUGUCCUCAUUUCGUGUCAAGAAGAUUGUUUUGAACCAGGAAUUACAAGUAAUUCAUGGCUACAAUGGCUCUUCAAAUAACUCAGAGUUCAGGACACAUGGACUGAACAGUAGUUGUUUAUAAGACAAAGGACAAAUGACACCAGUAAUUUCAUGUAGAGAAGAACCAUUUGCUUCAUUCACUGCAACAUUUUCUAAUUUCUGGGGCAUGUCUAUUUAAGCACCUUCUUUGCAGACCCUUUUUUUUUUUUAAAUUGUUCAUGAAGGUGCACAUUUAAUCCACUUUGCAUUAUGGAUUUUUAAUUUGUUGCAAUACAAGGUGUAAUAUGCAAAUGUGUCCUGAUCUCUGAAGAAGCAGAUGUAUUUAGGUUGAUUUGGCAAUUGGCUAAUUGAACAGAUUCAUUGUUAUGCAUGUUUCUUCAGCAAUUCUGAUUUAAAAAAUCAUAUGGUUUGGGACCCACACUUGGAUCACUGUUGUGGUAAUUAAACUAUAAUGUCCCAUGUAUGGCCUAAAGCAUGAAUGAGCAUUGUAUAUGGGAAUAUAUAAAUUAUUGUUAACGAAUGAUAUUGAUAUGUGAGGUGUUUUUUAAAGAAAAUAUGUAUAACAAGCAGACAUUCAUAUUAAAGGGCAGUAUGCUAA